AUGCGUGACCUUCAAGGAUACAUAUCGCCAAUUAUUUUUGGAGGGCCAGAGCCAGGAGUAAUUAUCUCAAAAACAGAUAAUAAUCAGGUUGCAAUUGGUGGACAUGUGGGACAUAUCUUGAAGACUUUUGCUAAAAGGAUUAAUGCUCAAUUGAACACAUCCAAUAUUAGACCAUCGAUUUCAUUCACAAAUUUGCAUAAACUUGUUUUAAAUGGCUCAACUGAAAUAGCUGGAUGUGUUGGUAUGAUUAUUGAUUCUACCGAUUGGUUCACUUAUCCGUACAAUGUAUUUGAUUUCGGUGUAAUGCUUCCCAUGGAACCCUACAUCCAAACUUAUAAAGUAUUUGUUAUUCACUGGGAAGCCCUUGUUUUAACAACUGUUAUAUUUAUUUUACUUUCCGCUUGUCUGGAAGCAAAUUCUCACAUUUCAAGACCGAAUCAACAACGUUUCUUCAUUCUAAAUUUCUUCUUAAACAUUAAUUGUUUUCGUGGAAUACUUGGGCAGUCAUUUUCUCAACGGCCUAAAGCUUCUUGCAGUACAAAAAUCGUCUAUUCUCUGAUUUUUUUAUUGGGAAUUAUAACAGUAACUUCAUAUGAUGCAUUUCUUCAGUCUUUCAUGGCUGAACCUCCAAGAGAAAAAAUAAUUAGAUCCUUCGAUGAUCUUCAAUCAUCAGGAUUAAAAAUAUUCACAUAUCAAGGUUUUGUCGAUAAUUUCUUGUACAAAUUUACACCAACUCUUAUGCAGAAGUAUUCAAACUCAUUUAAGGGAGAAAUCAAUUAUGAGGUAUUUGAAAGAGCUCGAGAUUCCCUAAAUACUAAUUACGGUAAGAAAUUGGAUGUUUUUCGAAAUCAUAUGCAAGAUCUUCAGAAAUCCAUAUUGCCAAUUAUGUUUGCAAAGUCAGAGCCAGGAAUGAUUAUUUCAAAAAACGAUAAAAACGAUACGAUAAUUGCAGGCUAUGUGGGUCAUAUCUUCAAAGCUUUUGCCAAGAGGCUCAAUGCUAAAUUGCAUAAUAGGUUCUAA